UAAGAUUCCUUAACCUUUUUGUGAAGAUUAGCAUCUACCUUUUCCAACACCGAAUUCUAUCCAUUUCCAAACCUAUUCUCUUCUUUUUUGUAACUCGCCUUCUCUCUUCUCUCUCCCCUGCCACUGCUAUAAGAGUUACUGAUGUGAUGAUGCGAAAUGGACACUCACAGAGUUCGAUCUCUUCAUUAUCUACCAGUUUACCAUUACAACAACAAACCCUGCUCCCUCCUGCCAUGGCGAUUCGCCUGUUUCCGGCCACCAUUGCCGCCGCUCUCUGCUUCUUCCUUCACCUCUCUUCCGGGCGAAACCCAGAAAGGGAUUCCCUGCUUUCUUUCAGAAAGUCUCUUCAGAACCAGGAAAUUCUGUCUUCUCUGCCGGAACGGGAAAGUGGUCUCUCGUCCCGCUCUCUCCGGGGGACCUCUGUCACCGUCUCUCUUUCGCAUCUUGACCUCUCCAUAAUACUAUACAAUUUUUGUAAAAGCAGAGGGAAGACACAAUAAUGUGGGAAGCGGAAACCGGUGAGGUUCAGUCGGAAACACUGUGAAAUCGGCAACGGAGAAUUCCGGGAACUCUGCUUCUAAACAGAACAAGAAAGCCUCGACGCCAUUACCUGGUCAGGUUUUUCGCAUGCCCAAUAUGCUUUAAAUUUCUGAUAGAAAAUGGGGCAUCAGGAAAUUCAAUCCAUUCUUUUCUUAAGCUUCCUUUCUCACAGAUUAGCUUUUUCCUGUCAAACCAGCGGAAUCGUCUCAUUAAUGUAAGUGCAAUUGGCGUUUUUCAUGAGUACUACUGCUAGAACUCAUACUCGUAUGUACUCCGGAGGAUUAUCACACAAGUAUACUAAAGCAACCUCAACAGCGUGGUUUUUAGCCACCGCAGGAUUAUCUCCUUACAUACGGAGUAGUAUAUAUGGUCGCCGCUUGUUUAUAAACUCUACAUAUUUAAAGUCACCACAACCUGAUACAUGCAUAACCACACAAACUCACGUCCAAAAUGAAAGUCAUCCCCUGCCAGUGCUACAGUGAACGAUUGAGCGGCAAAGCUUGAACCGUGAGACCUACGCGGCUACGCUGAAUCGUCCUGCCUACUGCGCAUUUGACUUCCUUCUCAAAACCAUAAGAGGAGAUAGAAAUCACAGAUAAUGUCCGUCCAUUUGCUCCUGUUGUCUGAAAUGAGAUCCAAGGUUCAUGAAGAGUUGGAUUCCACCUGAAACCCUGUAUAACCUUCCUCAAUCACCUAGGUAGUAGCUGGAAUGCAAGCUCGGGGUUCAGCUUCUAAGCUCGACGUCGCAGAUACAGAAAAGCCGAUAGCAGCCAAAAGCUCUCCUUUAUCAUUUCAAAGAAUCGCCCCUCCCGAUGCCACACGGGUAUAAACGACGCGUUAGUGUUCAAUUUCAACUUACAAUUCUUCUUCGGUCUUUGCCAACACAUUGAAAUUAUUGGUUUGCCAUGCAUACGAAAACUCUUCGGUCAUUUUAAAGCCACAUUUUAGUUACAUCUUUACAUUAUAUACAUUUUCAUAUUAAAGUCACAUUUUGGUUAAAUUUUUACAUUAGAUACGUUUUAAUAUUAAAGUCAUGUUUUAAUAUUAAAGUCACCUUUUAGUUACACUUUUAUAUUAGUUACAUUUAAAUUGUAUUUGUACUCACAUUAACAUAUUUGUUAGAAUUUAAUAUUUGUUACCAAAACAUAUCUAGUUGGACUGUGCGUUUCAUAUCUUUAUGCUUCACAUAUAACAACUUCUACAUGACUGUAUUUUAGAUAUGAUAAGACAGAGUAGCCAUAGAACACGUGCUAAAAAAUAAAAUCCUGUACAUAAAUAUAUGGACAAGUUUAAGUAGUCACCCAAAAGAAUGCAUCAAAAGAAAUUAUUAGUUCCUGAACCAAUGAAGGUCUCGUCCCUAAUCCAGUCCAUGAGUACAAAAAAGUCUAAUCCAAGACCUAAUAUGAGCGACAAUUCGAAAUUCAGCCUAGCAGCUGCCGCGGCCCAUACUUCAGACUUUAAUUACGUAACUCCAAGCCCAGGACUCCAACAGGUAUGAAGCCCAGCCAGAUCUGCUGGCAGUAGCCCAACCUGGAACGAAGUGAUCCAUCUAGUGGUCUUCCUUGCCUUCAUUACAUGUAACAUAGGGAAUUCAGUUCAGAGUAGUAUGACAUUGAUGUAUAACAAUCCUCGCAUACGACUAUUGAAAUAUAACAAUGUAAAUUAUAAAUGAAACAUCCGACCUAAGCUUUAAAU